GGGAAUCUGGAUCCUUCGUCGGAUCGUCAAAGAGCUUAGAGGGGAGCUCUACGCUUCACUGGCCAUGCAAAGCAGGGAGAGUGACGGAGGCGGAGGCACUGCUGGCUGCUGGAACGGACAUUAACAAGCUGGACAGAACGCAGUUUAACCCUUUCAUGGACGCGAUCAACUCAGGACAGGUCGACUGUGCUAGAUGGCUGCUGAGGCAAGACGGUUUAAAGCUUCAGACCGAGAUAUGGUCGUUUUGUAGGGAGAGGGUGCUAGAGUCAUUGCUAACAGCUUAACAGAAGGUAGGGAGAGCGAUCCAUGGCUGUCCCGAUAGACCCACUCAGACUCCUGCCGGAAGAUACUCCUCCGGUUGAUCCAGAUGAGACAGUUCUAGCAGAUGAUCAGUUACAGACUGAAGAACAUAUCCCACAGAUCAAUGCGUCAACAUCUGCAAAUGAAGCUGAUAUCAGAAUCGACAUGAUGAUGGUACUACACGAGAUGCUCAUGGAAAAGGUCUCCGUUUGCUUUCCUCCUCCCACGAGCAGUACAAAGUGUGGGUUCAACUUUAAUCUGAUAGAAGAUAUCGUAUGCGGAACCCAAGCCCGGCCAUGUCUGUACAUAAUAACGAAAGAAACCGGUUAUGCUGCGAGGGCGUUUACCUCGAUAGAUGUUGAAAAUGCCCACAGCAUUAUAAAUCAUUUGGACCGCCGAGGGGUCCAAAACUCCUCAAUCGAAGAGCUUAGUAGACAUGCCAGCAACCUACAGAGACUUCAAAUUCUCAGGAAACCUCUCUAGGACGGAAGCUUUAUACUCCGACAUCCACAAUUUACCACGCCCCUGAGAUCGACAAAGGUCUUUCUGAUAGAUUGACUUCCAGCCAAUUCGAUCUAUCGAAGCCGAGUGGGAAGAACAAAGAACUGAAACCCCAUGGUCGCAACGAUGCUCCUCGCGGACAAGGGAGAGUUAGGGCCAUCGGUGGUCACAAGACUGGAUAAUAUUUAUUUUUUAAGCGUUGAGGUUGUCACGAAAGCGUACUGUAACGGGACUAUCAGAUUUGAGUGAUUUGAUUUUGUGAUUUGCAGUUCACGUGAUUUUAUUGUGAUUUUAGACUGUAAAAACUAUAAAGGUUCAAGUUGAACUAUCGUCGCCAUGAUUAUGUAUUUUGGAACUGUUCACGUUGAAAUUGCUUCGUUAA